UUGGUAUUUUGCUUCAAAAGGAAUUUACUCUUAAAAUAAUUUCCCCCUUUUUCGUAAAUUAUUUUCCUUCCUGUUUGUUUGAUUUUGUUUGCUUAGAGCAAAGUCUGGAGUUCCUCGUCAGGAACCUGGGAGCUCUUUCUUUGAUUUUCUUCGAAUUAGGUCUCAACUUACAGAUGGAGCCAAGCGGUUCGAGAGAGGUUUCUUCGUUGGCUUCUGCCUCUGUUCUGGACGUCGAAGGUGCCUCUGUUGUGGGUGUGGAAGGUGGCUUGAAGGACAUGGAAUGCGAAGGAGGCAAAGAAGAUAACGAUGCCGACGAAGGAGAGGACGGAGAUAUCGAUGACGAAGAAGGAGAAGAAGAGGAAGAAGAGGAGGGGGAAGAAGAAGAAGACAACUUGGAAGAGGGAGAAUACACACUUCGGUUCGAAGGAGAGAUGAAUCCAUUGGAUUUUGUGGAGGAUGAUGCCUUCGGAGUCCAGCCUUAUCAACAAUUCGAGCGUCUCGAAUACGAGGCGCUCGCCGAGAGAAAGCGCAAAGCACUUGCCGACCGUCAAAGAGAUGGGACUUCAAAGAAAUCUAGGCAUGAAGACAAUCUUGGUGCAAGUAUUGAUGAAAUAAUGGAGGUGAUGACUUUUGGUAUGCGGAGAAAGUCACGUAAGCAUAAAAAAAGGGGUAGACGGAAAGGAUCGAGAAAUAAGCUAAGUCCUGAGGUCACUAGGAAACUUGGUGAUGCCACUCUUCAUUAUGCAUUUGGCCGUUACGAAGAGGCUAUAUGUGUGCUGAAGGAGGUUAUCCUGCUUGCGCCAAAUUUGCCUGAUCCAUACCAUACACUUGGGCUUGUUUAUAAUGCAAUUGGGGAUAAGAAGAAAGCGUUGAACUUCUACAUGAUUGCUGCACAUUUGUCACCCAAGGAUCCAUCUCUCUGGAAACUGCUUGUUAGCUGGUCCAUAGAACAAGGAAAUACUGGUCAGGCUAGGUAUUGUCUUUCUAAAGCAAUUACAGCAGAUCCAGAAGACAUCAGCCUCAAGUUUGAUCGUGCCACACUUCAUAUUCAGCUUGGGGAUUAUCAGAAGGCUGCUGAAUCAUAUGAACAAAUAUUAGGAGUGUGUCCUGAGAAUGUUGAGGCACGCAAUAUGGCUGCAAAGAUGUACCAAAAGUGUGGUCAGGUUGAACGUGCUGUUAGCAUUCUUGAGGACUAUAUCAAAGAUCAUCCAACUGAUACCGAUUGGGCUGUGGUUAAUGUACUAGCUUCCAUACACAUGGAAACUAAUUCAUAUGCUAAAGCUCUUCAGCAGAUUGAAAAUAUACAAUCCACUUACUCCUCUGAAAAGGAGUUUCCACUACAUCUAAUUGUGAGGGCAGGAAUUUGCAAUGUUCAUCUUGGUAACAUGGAAAAUGCUGAGAUUCUUUUCAGGGUUUUGGAGAUGGAGCAUGCAGAUGAUCAAAACGACUUAAUAAUUCAAGUUGCAGACACUUAUAUGAAUCUUGGGCAUCAUGAAUCUGCAUUGAAAUAUUAUUUUAUGCUAGAGAAGAAAACUGGGAAUGAAAAUGGAAACUUAUAUUUAAAAAUUGCUCAAUGUUAUUUAUCUCUCAAAGAUAGAGUGAAUGCUAUAAAUUUCUUCUAUAAGGCUUUACCUAGGGCGGAGGACAACAUUGAUGCCCGCUUAACUUUAGCUUCACUUCUUCUUGAAGAGGGAAAGGAAGAUGAGGCCAUCACAUUGCUUUCUCCUCCAAAAGAAUUAGAUUCAAGCCUUGACAUGAAUUCAGUGCAACCAAAACCAUGGUGGCUUAAUGGUAAAGUAAAAGUUAAGCUCUGCCGGAUUUACCAUGCUAAAGGAAUGCUUGAAGAAUUCAUUGAUGCAAUCUCAUCCGUUGUUCGUGAAACAUUAUUUAUUGAAACUAUGAACCAGAAGGUUAGAAUAAGGAAAAGGCUCUCAAGAAGUAUUCUAUUUGAACGAGCCAAAGUAUUGAAUGAUCAUCAACCUGAUAAUGUAUUUUGUGGAUUUAAACCAAUUGCAUCUACGUCUGAUUUGUUAAAAGCUGCUAGAGCUAAGAAAUCACUCCAAAAAAAGGCAGCUCGGAAAGAGGAAAAGAAAGCUGCAAUUCUGGCUGCUGGGCUGGAUUGGCAGAGUGAUGAUUCAGAUGAUGAAUUCCCACAGCAAGCAUUAAGAGAGCCACCGUUGCCGAAACUCUUGAGGGAUGAGGAGCAUUAUCGGCUUAUUGUAGAUCUUUGUAAGGCAUUAGCAACCUUGCGAAGAUAUUGGGAGGCACUAGAGAUCAUCAACCACACCUUGAAAUUAGCAUACAACAUGCUAUCCAUUGAGAAGAAGGAGGAGCUUCGUUCACUUGGGGCUCAAGUAGCAUACAACACCAGGAAUCCAACACAUGGAUAUGAUUGUGCACGAUACAUUGUACAAGAGCAUCCUUACAGUUUGGGUGCCUGGAACUGCUAUUACAAAGUAAUUUCAAGGAUGGAGAAUAGGUUUUCAAGGCAUGCAAAAUUUUUACGUAGAAUGCGAUCAAAGCACAAAGAUUGUGUGCCUCCCAUGCUCAUCUCUGGACAUCAGCUUACCAUGGUUAGCCAGCAUCAAGCAGCUGCAAGAGAAUACCUAGAAGCUUACAAACUGCAGCCAGAUAGUCCCUUGAUCAACCUCUGUGUGGGAACUGCUUUAAUCAACUUAGCCCUUGGGUUACGACUUCAGAACAAGCAUCAAUGUCUGGUACAAGGUUUUGCAUUUCUUCAUAACAAUCUGCGACUUUGUGAAAACAGCCAGGAAUCUCUGUAUAAUGUUGCUCGUGCAUAUCAGCAUGUUGGCCUUGUUACACUUGCGUCUUCAUAUUAUGAGAAGGUGCUUACAAUGCAUGAGAAGGACUUCCCUAUUCCUAAGCUUCCUAAUGAGGAUUCAUGUCUUUCAGAUAAUCAGAAGCCAGGUUACUGUAACCUUCGUAGGGAAGCUGCCUACAAUUUGCAUCUAAUCUACAAAAGAAGUGGUGCUUUAGAUCUUGCUAGGCAGGUCCUAAAGGAUCAUUGCACUCCUUGAAGAUGCUUCUUGGACUUGACCAUAGGCACGUAUCCAGGAUUCGACAGACUUCAAAAUCCAAUUAUGAGAUGUUCUUUUAUUUGUCUUUGUUGGUUAUUGUUCUUUGUUUGACCUUUCAAUGGGAGGUUAAUAGAAUUUUCUGCUCUUAAAACCUACAAGAAUAACACCAUACGUGGAACAGAGCAUCACAACGAAGUUUUUUGCAGAUGGUUAUCAAUAUGCAAAUAUGAGCAGUAUCAGCUUGCUGCCUAGAACUUAAAGAUGGUAUCUCUUGUCAUCCCUUUAGAGACAUGAGAAAGUUGCAACAGAUCAUAAGAUGAGUAACCUCCAAGAACCAAGCAAGAAUGGCAAGGCAUAUAAAUGAAAAAUGCAAAGGGCAUGCCUUGUAGAUAGUGAGAAGGAAAUUUAUCUUCAGGAAAGACAUAAAAUUACUUGAGAAAUGGUAGUUAAUGGUUUGGUCUAUAUGAUAUGUUGGAAAUUGAAAUAUUUUCCUUCUGGUGCUUUAGCUCGAGCUAAGGUUGUAAAUAUGUAUGUUCCUUCGGUUAUCCACCGAAUCUCAAAUCUCCUUUCUGAGAACAUUAUUUACUGGCCUUUUUGG